UUUGAUUUUGCUUGCAUUUUAAAUAAUAUUAUUGGAGGAGUGUUGGAUCAGAAGAAAAUAAUACUAAGUGUGUAAAUAGCUCUAAAGAUGUCGGUUAAUAAGGCUGCUAACUUGCGUUCUCAAUAUGAGGACUUGUGUAGAGAACUCAAUAUGGAUAGGGAGACUGAGGAUAUGUCGUGGAAAAUGUUCGAGGAAGUGUUGCAGCGUUCAACAUUGGAGGGUGAACCUUUACACUGGUUUUGUUGUGCACUGUAUGCUGCCUGCAGAUUAUCUUACACCCCUACAGUGGGUGAAUCUAAUGCAAUAGUUAUGGGUAAUUGCAUCUCCCUUAACAAAAUGCUUCGAUGUUGUGAUAUAAGUAGUAUAUCGCAAUUCAUAUUGAAAAUAAAAGUUUGGCAUGAAAUGGCAAAUUUACCAUGCAGUUUUCUACGCCAAAUUGAAAGAUUGGAACGAACUCCGGGAAUAACAUUUCAUCUUUACUGUAGAUACAAUGAUAUUUUCGAAAAGUUAUUCAUUUCAUCGCGUAACGAUAAAAAGAAUACAAAAUACAGGUCUGUUGCAAGAUGUUCAUCCACCAAGUUGUAUGACUUAUGUUGGUGUCUAUAUUUAUGUGCCAAGAAUGAAGACCCCAGUUAUAAUAUGGAUAUUGUAACAUCCUUUCAUUUGUUGCUGUGUUGCAUAGAUCUAAUAUAUUUAAAUGUGCUAGGAGAAAAUCGUGUAGAUCUCGUUAACAGGAAUUUUGUGGGCAUUCCGGAGAAAUGGGGUACAUCGUUAUAUGAUCCCCAACAGCUUCACAACCAUUGUAUUAUCGGAGCGCUAUGCACUUUAGCUGGAGCUUUGUCCAAUGAUGCUAAAGACAUGAAAGAAAAUCACUGUAAAAGGAUUUUUACCAAAUUUUUCAAAACAAAGACAAUACAUGGAAACGAGGAAACAUUUUUAGGAAUUAUUUCCAAUGAAAACUUCGAACGGAAUGUAAAAUCUUUAAAUAGUGCUUAUGAGCAGUAUGUACUCAGCGUUGGGGAAUUCGAUGAAAGAAUCUUGCUUAACAAUCCUAAUUGUAGGAAGUUAAGCAGUUCAGAUGCAGGAGUGGAAGGUCAUACCGCGACAAAUCCACAGACGCCUUACACUCGUAAACAUAGUUUGCCGAACAAAGAAGAUGUACCAGAACCAGUAGCCAGUGCAACUAACAAUGUAAAAAAGCUUAAAGAUAUAGCGAAAAUUUCCGGACCAACAGAAUUUAUAAGUCAAGCUGGUGUGGAAACUUUAAAUAAAAUUUCUGAAAAAUUGACUCAAAUGCAAAAUGAAUUCAAUUCAGCAUUGAAUAAUGCGGACGUCGGUAAUCGAUUUAAGACGGCAGAAUCGUUAUUUUUUUAUUUAUUGGACAAAAUUUUGCGAGUAGAAACCAGAACAAAACCUAAUAUAAAUAUCAAAAUAUUAUUGAGCACUGAAACUUUUAUAACAACGCUCAUCGUCUGCUGUGUGGAAAUUGUACUUGAUGCAUAUCAAUCGCAAAAGAAAUUUCCAUGGGUCUUAACGUGCUUCAAUAUAUCUGCUUACCAUUUUCAUAAGAUUAUAGAAAUAGUUGUAAGGAGCCAUGAUGAACUGUUGUCGCGGCCGUUGAUUAAACAUUUAAAUUGCAUUGAAGAGACUUGCCUUGAAUCAUUAGCUUGGAAGUGUGAAUCGCCCUUGUGGGACAUCAUUAGAACUUCUGCGUUGCCCACAUGGUCUGAUGUAGAUGUUGAUAAUUUAGCAAAACGAAAUCAACCUCAAAGUAAGAUAUCAAAACUACAGCAGUCCCCCAAUUGUUCAGCUUAUGAAACAUUUAGUUCUGUAAUUGUCAAUGAGUCCACACGAAGAGAUCUCUUUAAUAGUGCACGAGAAAGCUCUAAUGCAAGAGAAACACUUGUAAAAAAACCGUUGGAAGGAGCUAAGCCCACAGCGUCAUUGACAAUAUUUUGUAGAAAAUUCUAUAAACUGGCAUGGAUUAGAUUGAAGGAGUUGUGUCGUGAACUAAAGUUGGCUGAGGAACCACAUUUAAAUAAAUUAUGGACCCUUUUUGAAUAUUCAAUAACCCAAAGGACAGAGUUGAUGCAAGAUCGUCAUUUAGAUCAAAUGCUAAUGUGUGGCAUUUAUUUAUAUAUAAGGGUGCAGGAUAUAAAAUGUAAGUCUUUUACGGACAUAAUGAAGUUUUAUAGAAAACAACCUCAAGCGCAAAGUCGCACCUAUAGGGAGGUUCUAAUUGAAACGGCUGACGAAAAGAAUGGAUCGCAUGCAAAAUAUCGGGACAUAAUAUAUUUUUAUAAUAAUAUAUAUGUUAAGAAUUUAACUCCGUAUGCACUUAAUUUUAGUGGGAGACAACAAGCGCAGCAGAAUGUGCCCUUGUCUCCCCAUCCGACGGAGAAGCAGUCAUAUCCGCGAAAAUUAUCAAAUAAUCUAAUAACAGUAUCGAGAAUGGAAAAAUCCGAGCAUUCACAUUCGCCUUUUCUAACAUAUGAAUUUUCGAAAAGUCCUGGGAAAAACCUUGAGGAACUGAAUUAUUUUAUACGUAAAGGAAAAAGAAAUUUACCUUUUACUGAAUUCGAUGGCAGUGAUGGACAUAUCAUUGAAAGUAAAAUUGCGAAGAAAACGCCAGUAUUUUUACAAAAAUGCAGAGGAGUUUUGCAGGAUAGACAAGAAGAUAUAAAGUGAAAUUAUUUUUAAUUAAUAGUACAUAACUAAUUUAAAUUAACUGUUUUAAAACUUCUGAUCUUGCAGCUAUUUUAUGAAAUGGCUGUCAUUAAAAGUUGCAAAUGAAGAAUUUAGCUGUAACUCUAAUUAUAAAUAAGCGACAACAUAGGUACAUAUAAUAUAUGUAUGUAUAUACAUACAUUAAUAAAUCAAAUUCAUAUUAACAUAAUUGGGAAAAAACAA